AUGGCCCAAAACGCGAAAAUCUCGGGCCUCACGGAUGAGUUGAUACAGUCCAUACUGAGACACGACCCAGCUGCAAAUAAACAGGCCUACAGACAUGCCAAAGAGAUCGCGUCACGCAAUCUUCGAGGGCAUCAGUACGCAAGAACGAAUCAAUUCGACGUCACGGCUACCUUUAAAGGACUUGACGAGAAGUUUCGUAUUAAGAACCGCGAUGAUCUCGCCGAUGCGCUACAAACGCGUCUCCAAAAGUUGGAAGGAUACACGAACAAGUACAAGCCAGAGUUCCUAUCUCUACUACUUCAGCUAGCCGAUCGACCCUUGGAGAACACCCAGGUCGAAGCGCUUGAAUUGCUUAGGCCGCCUAGCCCCCCUCCACCAUUGACAUGGGCGGAGAUACUAGAAGAUGAUCCGUACAGCGAUGAAGAUAUCUGGAAGGACAUCGAUUAUGGCGCGGACUCUUCGGGCGACGAAAAGAUACCCAAGAAGCGCAGGAAGGCUCCUAGCACACCGCCGACCAGCUUCGAUGAAGAUGAUACAUUCGAUCCGGAGGCCUGUGUGACGUCGACAGACAAAGAUCUCGUUGCGAGACUGGAGGAAACGCAAUUUUGGACAUCAAGCGUGAAUGGAGGAAGCAGCGACAUGUGUAUAACGGAACUGCAGACCGUACGAGAGACACUGUUUAUGCUUGGUGGGCUGAAGACGAGCCUGUACCGAACCGACAACAUGAACAACAUUUGCCCCAAUUCGACCUACCUGGUUGACAACAAUCAAUCAGCCGCGGUUGCACAUCUUCUUUCCCAGUUGGCCAACAUUGGCACACACAUAGAAGCAAUGCGACGUUGGACGCUGCAGCAGCGAACUAAGCAGCCACCAGCAUCACCUCUUAUUCAAACCUUCGAGGCCGCCGUACGAAAACGAUUACUCUACUUCGACCAGUCCUUGUCUACGAUGCAGCAACGACAUCUGAUACCUGACGCCCCACUCCCCGUCAGUUUAUUGUCGCUACACGGCGACGUACAAGCAUUGUGUUAUUCCAUUUUACGCCUAGCACCUAUUGUCAGCGGUCUGAAUCAAUUGAUGAUGAAUCUAGAUCCAUCAGUACCAGGAAACCCUUUCUAUCACCUCGAGGCGCUGUACGAGCAGACCACUCUUGCGCAGAUGACGCUGGAAGACGAAAUCUUCACAUACAUGGCUGAAGUAUUCUUCGAGUGUUUACAAACGUAUCUAAAGCCGAUACGACGAUGGAUGGAAAUUGGCGAGCUCGGUCCCGAUGAAGAAAACUUCUUCGUCAUCUCGAACGACGCAAAGAGUGAUACUGCCUCUUUGUGGCACGAUCGCUUUAUGCUCCGCCGUGAUCCUGAAGAAGGCCUAAAGCUGCCUUCAUUUUUACAGCCGGCGGUCAAAAAGAUAUUCAAUACCGGCAAAAGUGUCAUUUUCUUAAAGGAACUAGGUAUUCACGACACGAAUUUACAUUCCUCAGUGGUUGAGCCGCGCCUCGACCGCGAAACAGUUUGCCGUACAUCGGAUGAUGUUCCCCUCUCGCCUUUUCCAGAACUAUUCCAAACGGCGUUCGAGACAUGGAUCCGUAGCAAGUAUUCAGUCGCUUCAACCGUACUUCGUCAACAUAUUUUCGAGGCAAAUGGCCUAAUGCGGGUGCUGCACGUAUUCGAGUAUUUGUACCUGGGUAGGAACGGCGCUGUUUUUGAAGAUUUUGCGACUACAGUCUUUGAGCGCAUGGAUGCUGGCAGACGAGGAUGGAACGAUCGAUACGUACUCACGGAGCUUGCACGAGGAAUAUUCAGCACGAUCCUGUCUACGCCCGAUGUGGAGAAACUUGUCGUUCGUUCUAUGAAAGCAAAGUCGCAUGGAAGCUCUGUCAAGGGUCUUGCUGCCAUUUCUGUGGACUAUGCAGUCUCUUGGUCGAUUCAAAACAUUGUCCAGCGCUCGUCUAUACCCAUCUACCAGGAGGUUUUCACCUUCUUGAUGCAAAUCUACCGAACCAAAUAUCAACUACAACGCGCCCGCAUUCGCGCAUCCAGAAAGACUUGGCCAGUAGUAUUCUUCAGAGUUCUUCAGCGUUUGAAUUGGUUCGCGGACGUGCUGCGUUCCUACGUAACCGAGACCGCUGUGUAUUCGACAACACGAGACAUGAACUUGGCUAUAGAGAAGGCCGACGACAUCGACGAGAUGUCUCAGAUCCAUGUCCAUUGUAUGGAGAAAUUGCAAAAACGAGCACUGCUUUCGAAGGACGUGAAACCAAUCCAUAAAGCAAUCAUCGAAUUACUAGAUCUUGGUGUAUUACUGUCCCAAAAUGAGGGCAGGAACCUUGACCAGGUAGAUCGAGAGUCUGCAAGGCUCUUCCCUUUCGUGGCAGCGGGUUUGCGAAGUGUGGCGAGGGUGGGAGAGCCUUCGUGGGAGCAACUAGCUGAUCGACUGGACGCUUUUUCACACAGUCCCAAGCCAUAG